AUGAGGGACAGACUGAGCCACCUGCAAGAAAUGUCCAAUGGCCAUGUGGAGCCAAUGGAGCCAAUGGAGUAUGCAGAGUCCACUGUUUCAGAAACCUUCAGUAAUGUGGACCUGGAGGACGAGUUGCCCCAUGAGGCAGUCGUGUUCGACAACAGCCCUGCUCUAGAAGAGGUCUUUGAACAGACACAAGAUAUCCACAAGGAGAUCCAGCUCAUUCGCCUAGAGAUUAAAAAGCUUAAUGAGCAGAACUCUCGCAUGCUCCACAGCGUCACCACCAUGAGCACUAUCAAAAGAGACUCUAACGCCAUUGGUGCUGAUAUAAAGGCUCGGGCAGAGGGCGUGUUGUCACGUCUGCGGGACAUGGACGGCACAGCCCACAAGCUAGAAGAAUUGCAUGGCUCAAAUUCCGCCAUCACACGUGUAGCCAGAACCCAGUAUGCUUGCCUCAGCAAUGGUUUCCGCGAUGCCAUGUUUGACUAUAAUGAAGCUGAGAUGAGCCAUCGUGAGAACUGUAAAGCCCAGAUCCAGAGGCAAAUGGUGAUAGUGGGGCGUGAAGUGACAGGUGAGGAGGUGGAGGAGAUGAUUGAGAAAGGCCAGUGGAACAUCUUUACAGACAACGUUGUGAGUGAAGGGAAAACGGCUCGGUCAGCUUUGUCCCAGAUUGAGAAACGUCACCAGGAGUUGGUGGAGCUGGAGGCUCGUAUUCAGGGCAUCCAUGAAAUUUUCCUGGACAUCGCCCUGCUGGUAGAGGAGCAAGGCCCCAUGUUAACCUCCAUCCAAACCAACGUACAGAAAACAGAUGAACACAUACAGGAAGCCCUUGUCAAACUUGGUAGAGCCAAACGUCUUGACAAGGGCAACCCCUGUAAGAAGUUGUUUUGCGGUUGCUUCCCAUGUUACAAUUAG